AUCUUUAUGUGAGUUUAAAUAGAUAAAAAUGCAUUAUAUUCUACAAAAUUUCCUAGUUUAGGUAGAAAAUUAAAUUUGGCUUCUCAUUUCAUUUUUUCCAUGGAAGAGAAUAACCUCUUCAAUAUUCUUGAUGCUCAAGUUAAGGAUAGUUCUGCACAUGAAGAAAUUAUAAAGGUUGCUAAACUUGCAUAUAGAUGCUUAAGCUUGAGUGGUAGUAGGCGGCCAAGGAUGAUAGAAAUUGCUAUGGAGUUGGAGCAGAUUCGAUUUUUGCAAAACAAUUCAAAUGGUCAACAAAAUCAUGAAGAGACUAGUUGCGUGUCGACACCACACCCGUGUCAGGCUUCUGUUCUUUUUGCAAUUUCUUCAAUGGUCCUCAUGGACCACACUGAUCAGAAUCUUGAAGCAGUUCCACAGUCAACUAUUACACCAAAUUGGACAAUCAAUGUUUCUGAUAUUUUGAGGCAGUAUUUCAUUGGUAGAAGUUCUUUACAAGUUUUAAUUAACUGGCCUCCAUCAUCUGCUCUUAUGCUCCCUACAGAAGUGCAAAGGGAGACUGAGAACACUCAGCUUGCUUUUGUUACUUUCAAGGAUUCACAAGGAGCAGAUACAGCAUCGCUUCUUACGGAGACAAAGCUAGCUGAAACUGAUUCUACUGUUAAGAAGGCUGAAGAUAUGGUCAGCACAAUGCUAGCAAAGGGCUUCGUCUUGGGAAAGGAUGCUAUCAACAAGGCAAAGGUUUUUGACGAGCAGCACCAAUUGACCUCAAAUGCAUCUGCCACAGUAGCUUCCAUUGAUCGUAAAAUGGGUCUGAGUGAAAAGCUAAGCAUCGGGACAGCUGAGGUAAAUGACAAGUUGAAAGAGAUGGAUGAACGAUUCCAAGUAUCUGAAAAAACGAAGUCUGCCUUUGCCGUUGCCGAGCAGAAGGCAACAGAAGAUGUUAGUGUGAUGACCAAGGAGAAGGUUGAAAAGGCUGAGGAGGAAAAGCAGGAAAAUCUUUACAGGGAAAGAACAGCGAUUAUAAAGGACUUUGCGCAUAUCCAUCUCGAUGAAUCUUCAUCGACAGAACCUGCUAUUGUUCCUGUUGAUUCAGCUGACACCAAGAUUGUUAUGCAUUAAUUAAUGGCUUUUGCUUUCACUCUUUCAUUUUAUUUUAUUCUUUAAUUAUGGGAUGCGGGAUUUACACUAAAAUGUAAUUAAGAUUGAUUAAUGGCUCUUUUUUUUCCUUUUUACUGUAGUCUGUGUGAAUAAAUAGUUUUUAUUUUU